CUAAGGAGGAAGAACAUGCCAGCCAGCCUGAUGUUUUAUGGUGGCUGUCUCUUUGAUGAGCCAUACAGCACAUGUGGAUAUAGUCAAGCUGAGGAUGAUGACUUCAACUGGGAGCAAGUGAACACCCUGACCAAACCGACCUCUGACCCAUGGAUGCCAUCAGGUUUGCCCUCGCUCUUCAGUGUUCUUUCUGAAAUAGGGGUGAUUUUUGAAGUGGUAACUUCUGGACAUCAAGGCUACCUUGCUAUUGAUGAAGUUAAAGUGUUGGGACACCCAUGCACAAGAACUCCCCACUUCCUGCGGAUUCAGAAUGUGGAGGUGAAUGCUGGCCAGUUUGCAACCUUCCAGUGCAGCGCCAUAGGCAGGACAGUGGCUGGGGACCGGCUCUGGCUGCAGGGAAUUGAUGUCCGAGACGCUCCUCUGAAGGAGUUAAAGGUGACAAGUUCCAGAAGAUUCAUAGCCUCAUUUAACGUCGUAAACACGACCAAGAGAGACGCUGGGAAGUACCGAUGCAUGAUUCGCACGGAAGGAGGUGUGGGGAUAUCAAACUAUGCAGAAUUGGUAGUUAAAGAGCCGCCUGUUCCCAUCGCCCCACCUCAGCUUGCCUCUGUUGGAGCAACCUAUCUGUGGAUACAGCUCAACGCCAACUCCAUCAAUGGGGAUGGACCCAUUGUGGCCCGAGAGGUUGAAUACUGCACAGCCAGCGGGAGCUGGAAUGAUCGGCAGCCAGUGGAUUCCACGAGUUACAAGAUUGGACACCUUGACCCAGAUACAGAGUAUGAGAUCAGUGUGCUUCUGACCAGACCAGGAGAAGGCGGCACUGGAUCUCCUGGGCCAGCUCUGAGAACAAGAACAAAAUGUGCCGAUCCCAUGCGUGGCCCAAGAAAACUAGAAGUCGUAGAGGUCAAAUCUCGACAAAUCACCAUCCGCUGGGAGCCAUUUGGAUACAAUGUAACUCGUUGCCAUAGUUAUAAUCUCACCGUGCACUACUGUUACCAGGUUGGAGGGCAGGAGCAGGUGCGAGAAGAAGUAAGCUGGGACACAGAUAAUUCACACCCUCAGCACACAAUCACCAACCUGUCCCCCUACACCAAUGUCAGCGUGAAACUCAUCCUCAUGAACCCUGAGGGGCGCAAGGAAAGUCAAGAACUCACCGUGCAGACAGACGAAGACCUCCCAGGAGCUGUCCCCACUGAAUCCAUCCAAGGCAGUGCCUUUGAAGAGAAGAUAUUUCUCCAGUGGAGAGAACCAACACAAACAUAUGGGGUCAUCACUUUAUAUGAGAUAACCUACAAAGCAGUCAGUUCCUUUGACCCGGAAAUAGAUUUAUCCAACCAAAGUGGACGAGUUUCAAAACUGGGAAAUGAAACCCAUUUUCUGUUUUUUGGCCUGUAUCCUGGAACCACAUACUCUUUCACCAUCAGAGCCAGCACAGCGAAGGGGUUCGGACCUCCAGCAACAAACCAGUUUACCACCAAAAUAUCAGCACCAUCCAUGCCAGCCUAUGAAUUUGAGACACCUUUGAAUCAGACUGACAAUACAGUGACGGUGAUGUUGAAACCUGCGCAAAGCAGAGGGGCUCCAGUCAGUGUCUAUCAAAUUGUUGUUGAGGAAGAACGUCCUCGGAGAACUAAGAAGACAACGGAGAUCUUGAAGUGUUACCCAGUGCCAAUUCACUUCCAGAAUGCUUCCAUCCUGAACUCACAGUACUACUUUGCUGCAGAGUUUCCUGCAGACAGCCUCCAAGCUGCACAGCCAUUUACCAUUGGUGACAAUAGGACAUACAAUGGCUACUGGAACACACCCCUUCUCCCCCAUAAAAGCUACAGAAUUUAUUACCAAGCUGCCAGUAGAGCCAAUGGGGAAACCAAAAUUGACUGUGUCCGAGUGGCCACGAAAGGGGCCGUUACUCCAAAACCUGUCCCUGAGCCUGAGAAACAAACAGACCACACGGUUAAAAUCGCAGGAGUGAUUGCGGGCAUCUUAUUGUUUGUUAUCAUAUUUCUUGGAGUCGUGCUGGUCAUGAAGAAGAGGAAACUGGCCAAGAAGAGGAAGGAGACGAUGAGCAGCACCCGGCAGGAGAUGACGGUGAUGGUGAAUUCUAUGGACAAGAGCUAUGCCGAGCAAGGCACGAACUGCGACGAAGCCUUCUCGUUCAUGGACACUCACAACCUUAACGGGAGAUCCGUGUCUUCACCGUCAUCCUUUACAAUGAAAACAAACACGCUGAGCACAUCGGUGCCGAAUUCCUAUUACCCAGAUGAGACCCACACUAUGGCCAGUGACACCAGCAGCCUAGCACAGCCCCAUACUUAUAAGAAGCGCGAGGCCGCCGACGUGCCUUAUCAGACUGGGCAGCUUCACCCUGCUAUCCGUGUGGCAGACCUCCUCCAACACAUCACUCAGAUGAAGUGUGCUGAGGGCUACGGCUUCAAGGAGGAGUAUGAGAGCUUCUUUGAAGGACAGUCUGCACCCUGGGACUCCGCUAAGAAAGACGAGAACAGAAUGAAGAAUAGAUACGGAAACAUCAUUGCAUAUGACCACUCUCGGGUACGGCUGCAGAUGCUGGAAGGGGACAACAAUUCGGACUAUAUCAAUGGCAAUUACAUCGAUGGCUAUCAUCGACCCAAUCAUUAUAUUGCAACCCAAGGACCCAUGCAGGAGACUAUCUACGACUUCUGGAGGAUGGUGUGGCAUGAGAACACAGCAAGCAUCAUCAUGGUGACCAACCUUGUGGAAGUGGGAAGGGUGAAAUGCUGUAAAUACUGGCCAGAUGACACAGAGAUCUAUAAAGACAUUAAAGUCACUCUAAUAGAUACAGAGCUGCUGGCAGAAUAUGUGAUAAGAACGUUUGCCGUGGAAAAGAGAGGCAUUCACGAAAUCCGAGAGAUCAGACAGUUUCACUUCACCGGCUGGCCAGACCACGGCGUCCCCUACCAUGCCACCGGCCUGCUGGGAUUUGUCCGGCAGGUCAAAUCCAAGAGCCCACCCAAUGCAGGCCCAUUGGUGGUACAUUGCAGUGCUGGAGCAGGAAGGACUGGCUGCUUCAUCGUCAUUGAUAUCAUGCUGGAUAUGGCAGAAAGGGAAGGAGUGGUGGACAUCUACAACUGUGUCAGGGAGCUUCGGUCCAGGAGAGUCAACAUGGUGCAGACAGAGGAGCAGUAUGUCUUUAUCCAUGAUGCAAUCCUGGAAGCCUGUCUUUGUGGAGACACCUCCAUCCCUGCUUCCCAAGUCAGGUCUCUGUAUUAUGACAUGAACAAACUGGACCCACAGACAAACUCAAGCCAAAUUAAAGAGGAAUUCCGGACUCUCAACAUGGUGACCCCCACACUGCGUGUGGAGGACUGCAGCAUCGCACUCCUCCCCCGGAACCACGAGAAAAACCGCUGCAUGGACAUCCUGCCUCCAGACCGCUGCCUGCCCUUCCUCAUCACCAUCGAUGGAGAGAGCAGCAACUACAUCAAUGCAGCCCUGAUGGAUAGCUAUAAACAGCCUUCAGCAUUUAUAGUCACACAGCAUCCUUUGCCAAACACCGUCAAAGACUUCUGGCGACUGGUCUUGGAUUACCACUGCACGUCCGUAGUCAUGCUCAAUGACGUGGAUCCUGCCCAGCUAUGUCCACAGUACUGGCCAGAAAAUGGAGUGCACAGGCACGGCCCCAUCCAGGUGGAAUUUGUGUCUGCAGACUUAGAAGAAGAUAUCAUCAGCAGGAUUUUCAGGAUUUACAACGCCUCCAGACCCCAGGAUGGACAUCGGAUGGUUCAGCAGUUCCAGUUCCUGGGCUGGCCAAUGUACAGGGACACUCCCGUGUCCAAGCGCUCCUUCUUGAAACUCAUCCGCCAGGUGGACAAGUGGCAAGAGGAAUACAACGGCGGAGAAGGCCGCACAGUCGUGCACUGCUUGAAUGGAGGAGGCCGCAGUGGUACAUUCUGUGCCAUCAGCAUUGUCUGUGAGAUGCUCCGACACCAGAGAACUGUGGAUGUCUUCCAUGCUGUCAAGACAUUGAGGAACAACAAGCCAAACAUGGUGGACCUCCUGGAUCAGUACAAGUUCUGCUAUGAGGUAGCCCUGGAGUACCUGAAUUCUGGCUGACAGCAUCAGCAGCCCUGCAGAGGAAUCCCUUCCUGCCACAAAGUCAAGGAGUUCUACGGCGUCCAUGACGAGAAGAUGAAGAAUUGUCAGUAUGCUUAUUUUGCUUUGCAUAAUUGGCUCUUUUUAAGAGCCCAAGAAAGUGUUUCUAAAACUGCUUGCACUGCCCAGUUCCCUGUAAUGCUGCUGAGUGAUCAAAACCCAGCAGACAGUCCCAGAGACUGGACUCCUUGCCACUGGCCCUGUUACAGCAGCAUAGAUAUGUGGUCAAUCGAAGAGCACAACUAUAUUCUUAUGAAGGAAUUUGUACCUUUGGGGUAUUUUUUUGUGGCCGUGACCCUUUGUCAUUGUUACAACCAAGUGUAUGUUUCGUUCUGUGGAGAAUGCUACCUGGCAUUAUGAUAAUAUAUUCUUUUAGUUAAUAUUUGUAUUUUAACAUGUUGCAUAAUACAAGAUUAUAUAGCUUUCAAAGACUAACAGAUAAAGAUGUAAUGAACAGAGACACAUUGUAUGAGUUGUUGUUUCUAGCGGAUUUAUAUGGGUUCUAAGAGGAAAGCUGGGAAGGCCUCCGUUCAAAAAUGUAACCUUGUCAGUCACAGAUCCAAAGCUUUUCCAUUUGUUUAUAUUGUAAAUAUUUUUGAUUUCAUCAAAUUAUUUAUUCAUUAAAAGAAUUUUUUGUGACGCACAGUGGGUGACAAUCAUUUUUACUAAGCCCAAGAAAUGACUGAUUGUAUGAUGUUACCUUUUUGUGAAUUCUCAACUCAAUAAAUUAUGACCCUUGACCAGU